CGUCUGGGUAUUAUUUCUCCCUCCGAGAAAGUUAAAGAGUCCCGAGAGAGUUAAAAUGCCACUGCCUAGGGCAUACGAAAAGUUAGUUAAGGCUCUGGUCCGGGCGCAUGCGCGGCGCGUUGUUCAGCGGAGUGUCUAGUUCGAAUGGAAGAGGGCGCCGGGGGUUCCCCUACGCACCUGCACUUCCCAUUUUGUCUCUUCUUUCUCUCAUGUUUCAUCUUUUCCGAUAAGUUUCUUCCUGACAUUCAACGUGGCACGUGUGUGCGCGGCGAGUUGAACGGCGGCUUACUCGCUCGCCUCUGUCUGCCUGCCGCGAAAAGUAGCGAAAUGUUUCUGGAAGCGUCUUGUGCAACGCGUUCGUCGCGCGCACGCGUGAGAUUAAAAACGCUGCACCGCGACGCACAACCUUGCGACGCAGAAAAGGACGCUUGCGAGUGAAUGCGCCGUCGGAAAUCGGCUCGCGACCGAUCGCGAACGACAUUGAAAUGGAAUCUUCGAUUUUUAUUUCCUCUGCCUUUGUCUCCCUUUUUUCUUCUUCUCUCCUGAAUGUUGCGUCGUAAAAUUUAAAGCGUCCACUGUGGCGACAUGCCGAUAACAAUCGUGAUUAACGAUUGGCAAUUGUUGUUUUAAUGAUAUCGGUAGAAAGGAGAGAAGAGAAUAGAGAAAGAGAGAACGUUGUUUAUUCGGCCUUCUGGGAUAAAUCCUCUGAAAUACGGGAAUUGAGCAACAAGAUCAUUGAUAGUCAGAAAAUAAGAUUACUGGCAAUUUAACAUAUGCGUAAAUAGCAAUAUGAUGUGAGGAAUAAAUCGAGUCUUUCUCGUAACUUUUAUUAGUUCUGAAAUAUAUUAAUUUUUAAUGGGAACCACUGUCCAUCCCUUCUAAAGGACAAAUAUGCGCUUUUACAGUUUUAUAUGACUUUUCUCUCUCUCUCUCUCUCUCUCUCUCUCUCUCUUUUUCUAGGAAUUUUUUUAAUAUAAAUUUUCAGGCUUUAUUUACCUACGUUUCAUUUGUUAAAAUUUAUUACUAUUUUUUUCUUAUCAGCGUGAAUAAUGAAUACGAUUUUGAUGUUAUCUUAUCAUGCACGCAUGAACGACGCUGAGUUAUUGGAAUCUCAAGGGAAAAUUUUCGGAAAUCGACCGAGUCGAAGCGUAUGGUGUAGUGCGCCGUUGAUGCGAAUGUACAGAGUGGCCCACAUAUUACAGCUUAAAUCCCUCUUCCGGAGUUUUCCUAUCUCGAAAACUGUCACGAUCAAUUUCAAUCAUUCUGAUCUCAAAUUUCUUUUAGGUUUUGGAGGCCUUCAAAUCAGUGUCAAAAUAGUGACUGAAGAGAUGAAUAUUUGCGCUGAAAUUUUACACUGAUAUUCAAACACAAUAAAGUAGAACAAUCUAUCAAAUUUAUAUAAUAGAACAACAAAAGAAAUACAUUCUGAACUUCAUGUUUUUAUAUAACUUUGAAGAAACAAUUUUAGGAAAAAAUAUGUUUUCAGGAGCUACUCAUCAUAAUAGAUUACGAAAACCGAUUGGUUAUAUGUAUAUAAAUACGAUACUUGAAAUUUCUAAGUUUUCCCUAUUUAGGGAAGCCGGAGGGGACUUGUCUUGAUAUAGAUUGAAGAACCUUUAAAACUUAAGAAAUUUGAGACCGCGAACUAUUAAAGCCGAUCCCGUCCCUCUCGAGAUAUUAAACUGCAACUGUGGUUUAUGUGGGUCACCCUAUAUAUUCUGCUCCUCGCGCGGAGAAAUAAGCGGGAAACUGUCAUUAGACGAAGGGAAAGAAGUUCAAAGAAACCGCGAGCGAUCACGCGAUAUCCUACCUAGGUAGCUGUGUGGAAACGCCUCGAGGACGAUCAAUAAGACGAUCGUCCUAUUAACCCGCGGUCUCGCGUCUUUUUGUUACAAACUUUCCUCCAAAACGGCCACACAGAUAUCGACGAAUAUAUAUCUUGCUUAAAGACAGCACAGCUUGGAGAAGUUCGCGAGGAUGAGGCCAAUAAUUUCGGGGGCGCGAUUGGAAAAUCGGCCGCAACUUCGAGCCACCCUUCCGCGCCACUUUGUAAAACGGACGCCCGACGAUUUUUGUCUUCAAAUAGAAAAUUCGUUGAACCCACUUCGAACGAUCUACAAUCUCUCCGCGUCAGGUGUCACGAGAGAAUUCUAUUUAUAAUUUUGUACGCCGUACAUUUCGAUGUAUACAUGUGUGCGAUAAUCAGUCUAAAAAGUAAUAACAACUCUUCUCUAAGAAAUGAAAAUCUUCGGACGGAAUCAUUUUUCCUCGCGGAAGUGACGGAUGUGCAAUGUUUUAAGCGGGUUUUCUCGCCUGGGACAGGUGACGAGGACGCUCUCGGAGUAAUUACACGAUUCCGCAAACCGACGACGUUGGUGGGCAAUACUUGUUUGUCUGUUUAUCUCAAUAAACGACGGCCGCGAACGAAGGAGAUAAGGAAAAAAAAAGUGGCACUUCUUGUCCGUCCUUGUGGAACAACAUCGUCGUCGAGGUGACGAAGCGGCAGGAACCGGCAUGCGCCAGAUUCAUCGCGAAAUCACCAGUAAGCCGGAUAGAAUUCCAGGGUUGUCGCGGAACAGCCGGCCCGAGCCCUCGCCGCCCCGAGUGCCGCCCUUAUCUCGUCGAGCCCGAGGACGCGGAUGCGGAGGAACAGGAGCGGCGAAACGAAUCGCGCCUCGUACCCGCCGUCAUCGUCGCCGCCGUUGUCGUCCACGAACUGGGUCGUCUUGCUUUGAAAUUCAAAGCAAGACCAACACUCGCCGAUAUGCCGUUGCCAUCUCGGAUUUAAAGCCGCCGUUAUCACGCUCGUUAGAGUGAGACUCGGUGAAAUUAAAUCCGUUUAACGAGUCGGAAAUUCACCGUCUGGAAAAAGGACGGUGGAAACAGGGACAAAAGAGAGAUAUUCUCUCGGGAGCUCCUGGGAAGAGAGAACAGCCGCGUGUCACCCAUCGGUGAAGGGGGAAAGGGAGGAGGAAGAUUAUUCCAUAAAGGAGGCGGGAGAAAAGAAGAGGGGCCGGAAAUUCAACAGUCGUUCCUCGAUGAUCGCGACGACGCCGGGGCCGACGGCGGCGAUGCCGAGACUGGAAGCGACGCCGAGCGAUCCUUCCGGCACCUGAAGGUCCCCCGACACCUCUUCGCCGGAACAGCUCCCGUUUAUCGGAGCCCGGACGGGCGUCCGGGGGAUAAUCGCGAUAAUCGUAUCGGACGCUUCGGGGACGCCUUCCUCCGAAAGAUUUCCGGAGGUAAUUCUCGCGCUUGUCGCCCGCCCAAACCGAUUGACGUUUGUUCGGGGAUAAAGGAGAACGGGAGAGAGAGAGAGAGAGAGAGAGAGAGAUAGACAUACCGAAAGAAAGAGAUAAUAUAUAACGUGAGAAAUCCAGAGGACGACUCGAGAAGCGAUCGUGAUAGAGGGACUCCUGGGAUUUAUCCUUUCUACCCCCCGGGCCCCCGGAGGGACGCCUGACGUGGAAAAACGCGUCCGAGUGCUCGAGGGACGAUCGAGGGACAAUCGAGAAGCUCACGGUGAUCAGUGGUGUUCCUUCUCCGCGCGAAGACUCGAAGAGGCUAGUCGUCUUUCUGCGCGUUGACAAUCUCUUAUCAGAAGUGUGUGUGUGUGUGCGCGUGUUUUCUUGCAACCAAUCGCAAAGUGAUUGAGAAUCGAUACCGUCGCCGACUCCGACGCUAGGGAACUGUGGGUUCUGUCCGUUUGUUGACAAUAGAUGGGGAAUAAUGUACGAAAAUCGCGAGGACGUAGGGAGCGCAGGAAAGGCGAGCGGAGGAUGGGAAAGUAAUCACGACUCGAGGUAGGAACCCCGUCGCGACAGAUGUAACAACGAACCGGGGGCGGAGGAUCGAGGAGGAUCCUAGAGCUCUCCCCCCGCGCGGAGAGGAGGACUUGUAGGGGGAAGAGGGGACGGGCGCGCGAUCAAAAGGCUAAUCAGUUAAGAUGCCCUGCUGGCCGCUGCUGCUCCUGAUCUUGUCGCUGCAGCGCUUAACGAGCCAGUCGAGGACGCAGAACGAGGCGGUGCUGAUACCGGGCGACAUCGUGCUCGGCGGGCUGUUCCCGGUGCACGAGAAGGGGGUCGGGCCGGUCGCGUGCGGGCCCAACAUCUACCACCGGGGCGUGCAGCGCCUCGAGGCGAUGCUGUUCGCCGUCGACCAGAUCAACGAGCAGGACGAGAUCCUGCCGGGCGUCACCCUGGGCGUGCACAUCCUCGACACGUGCGGCCGCGACACCUACGCGCUAAACCAGAGCCUGCACUUCGUCCGGGCGUCCCUGUCCAACAUCGACAUCAGCGUGCUCGAGUGCGCGGACAAGUCGACGCCCAGGGUGAGGAAGACCGCGACCGCCGGGCCGAUCUUCGGGGUGAUAGGCGGCUCCUACAGCUCGGUGUCGCUGCAGGUGGCGAAUCUGCUGCGGCUCUUUCACAUACCCCAGAUAUCGCCGGCCUCCACGGCCAAGGCGCUCAGCGACAAGACCAGGUUCGACUACUUCGCGCGAACGGUACCGCCGGACACCUUCCAGUCGAUCGCGCUGGUCGACGUGGUGAAGAGCGCCAACUGGUCGUACGUCUCCACCGUGUACUCCGAGGGCGGCUACGGCGAGUACGGGAUCGAGGUGUUCACGCGCGAGGCCACCGAGCGUAACGUCUGCAUCGCGGCCGCGCUGAAGGUGCCCAGCGCCGCUGACGACAAGGUGUUCGACGACAUCAUCCAGCGGCUGAGCAAGAAGCCCAACGCCCGCGCGAUCGUCCUGUUCACCCGGGCGGAGGACGCCCGCGGCAUCCUCGAGGCGGCGAAACGCUCGAACCUCAGCCAGCCCUUUCAGUGGCUGGCCAGCGACGCCUGGGGCCGGCAGCGCAAGCUGGUCGAGGGCCUCGAGGAGGAGGCCGAGGGCGCCAUCACCGUCGAGCUGCAGUCGAAGAACAUCCCCGGCUUCGACGAAUACAUGGAGUCGCUAACCCCCGCGAACAACCGGCGCAACCCCUGGUUCGGCGAGUACUGGGAGGAGGUGUUCGGCUGCAUCCUGAGGAGGAACGCGAUGGCCUACGAGCGCCUGGGGCCGACGGCCGCCGUUGCCGGUGCCGGCGUCGGCGUUGUCGCCGGCAAUCAGACGGUCUGCCCGCCCUCGCUCAGGCUCAGCGCGGAGAGCGGCUACGAGCAGGAGUCCAAGGUGCAGUUCGUCGUGGACGCGGUCUACGCGUUCGCCCUCGCGCUCAGCAAGCUGCGCCGCGACCUCUGCGGCCGCGCCGAGGGCAUGUGCCCGGCGAUGGCCAACUACGACCGCGGCACGUUCUAUAAGAACUACCUGCUGAACGUGUCCUUUGUGGACGCGGCCGGCAGCGAGGUGAAGUUCGACGAGCACGGAGACGGCCUGGCGCGAUACGAAAUCCUCAAUUUCCGCAAGGGGACGAACAACAAUGGCGGGAACGGCUAUCAUUAUCGGGUGGUGGGCAAAUGGUACAAUUCCCUGGACAUCCAGACGGAGGAGAUGGUGUGGGCGCGGGGGACGAAGGACAUACCGAUCUCCGCGUGCUCGCUGCCCUGCGAGCCAGGUAUGAUAAAGAAGCAACAGGGUGACACUUGUUGCUGGGUGUGCGACCAAUGCGAGGCGUACGAGUACGUCUACGACGAGUACACCUGCAUGGACUGCGGCCCGGGCUUCUGGCCGCACUCCGACAAACGGGGAUGCUACCAGUUACCGAUUCAUCAUAUCAGGUGGAGCAGCGCCUUCGCCAUCGCACCCGCGGUGAUAUCCUGCUUGGGGAUCGUCGCGACCCUGGCGGUGGCGUGCCUGCUCUUCCAGCACCGCGACACCCCGGUGGUACGCGCGUCCGGACGCGAGCUCACCGUGAUCCUCCUGGCGGGCGUGCUGGUGUGUUACCUGAACACCUUCGUGCUCCUGGCCACGCCGACCACGGCGACCUGCGUCCUCCAGCGCUUCGGCGUCGGCGUGAGCUUCAGCGCCGUGUACGGCGCCCUGCUCACCAAGACCAACCGGAUCGCCCGGAUCUUCGACUCGGCGUCGAGGUCCGCCGUCAGACCGCGGUACAUCAGCCCGACGUCGCAGGUCUGCAUCGCGGCCGCGCUGAUCGCCUUCCAGGUGGUGCUGACGCUGGUCUGGAUGAUCAUCGAGCCGCCGGGCACCAGGUACUCAUACCCGGAUCGCCGCCAGGUGAUCCUCAAGUGCAACAUCCAAGAUAUGAGCUUCCUGUUCUCCCAGCUGUACAACGCCCUGCUGAUCCUCAUCUCGACCGUGUACGCGGUGAAGACGCGCAAGAUCCCGGAGAACUUCAACGAGAGCAAGUUCAUCGGCUUCACCAUGUACACCACGUGCAUCAUCUGGCUUGCCUUCGUGCCGAUCUACUUCGGCACCGGGAACGCCCACGAGACGCAGAUCACGACCCUCUGCGUGGCGAUCAGCCUGAGCGCGUCCGUCACCCUGGUCUGCCUCUACUCGCCCAAGGUCUACAUCAUCGUCUUCCAGCCGGACAAGAAUGUACGCGGCAAGGUCUGCAUGGGCAGCACGUUCAAGAAGCAGGGCAGCAGCGCCGGCGCGUCCUCCCUGACGAAAUGUGAUUUAUCGAGGCUGAAUCGCUGCUACGAUAAAGACACGGGCUGCGAGUCGGCGAGCGAGAACGUGCCCCUGCAGGGCGCCCUGACCGCUGCGGUGCGGACGUCCGUGGGAGUCACCGAGAUCUCGCUAACGUCCAGCACCACCAGCAAGACCAAUAACGAGCAAGUGGCGCAAUUGUAGGCCCUUCGUCGUGACUGCUUCUUGAGAGAUGCACCGAGACACAGGCAGCGUUGGACGCGCCGCAGAGAGAUUGAAGAUGUGAGAGUUGUAGCGAAGUGCGCUGAAACAUUGAUAUUUCUAAAUUUUAAUCUGUUAUGGGAGAUUGAUGAUCGUACUGAGAUUCGAGGAUCGCGAGGACGCUGAGCGUCCCGCCACGCGCGGUUAUCGUUCACAGCAUCUACCGUCAAUGAGAGAGACAGCCCAGCGAGAAACGAUAAUAAAUUCGACAUCAAUUCGACGUCGAAUCGAUGUCGAUUCGAUGUACUAUUUCUCACUGGGGAGGUCCACUGAGAAAAUAGUUGUUAACUUGACUAAUUGUUCAACUUGAUUAAGUUUCUUUAGUUCAAGUGUUUUGCGUAUAUAAGUUAAGUAUAUGUAUAAAUACUUGAGCUGAACAAAUUUUAUCCUAGUGCUGUUAAUUUUUUUUUUUUUACAUUAACAUCAGCUUGGGAAAAAUUCAUACUUUAUAGUUUGCAAUGUGUUAGAAUAUGUAUAAUUAAACAAGCAUUAUAUUUUAAUGUAAAUAAAAUUUUAUUAAAGAUUAUUUUAAAUUUUAAUGACAAAAUUUUCAAUUGAUAGAAAAAUAUGUAAUAUUUGCUAUAAUAGCAGUAAAAUAAUUAUAGUCAGAAAUAUCAUUUUUAUAAUUAUUAUAAAAAUGUUAAUGAUAAUAGCCGUACAUUUAUAGUAAUACCAACUAUGAAGAAAUUGUACUAUAAAUAAUACAUCUUUGAAAUAUAGCAUUAUUAUUACUAAUAUAAUAAUUACGAUUAUAAAAACGAUAUUGCUGACUAUUAUUAUUUUACUAUGCAAUUAUAGUCACAAAUGCAACACAUUUUUCUAUCAGUAAAUUUGAAUUAGCACUUAGGUGAAAAUUUAUCUACAACAGCAGGAUCAAAAAUUGAAAAAAAUAAACAAUUUUUAAUUAAGUCAAUAAUAGCAUUCUAGAGUGUCAAUUUUUCUUAUAAGAUCAAGUAUUCAUAUAUUCAACUUGAAUACAGAAAUACUUGUACACUAGAAAAAAGAUUUACUGAAGCUGAUAAGGGUUCUAGGACAAAUAUUCUUUUCAGUUCAAGUACUCGUACAUUUAACUUAAGUAGAUAAAUACUUGAACCGAAGAAAUUUAAUCAAGUUAACAACUUUUUUUUCCUCGACGUGCGGAGAUCUCAUUAUCACGAUCGCUGUUGUCGUUAUUGUUACUGUUGUCCUUGUGCAUAAAUUAUAUAUGUACACACACACACACACACACAAAUACACACAUACACACACACAUACGCGUAAAAAAAAAAGACACAUAUACGUACGUGCAUUUAUCAACAACAAGUGUAUACCGUGUGUCACCCACUAACUCUAGUCGUGAGCACCCCCGUGACUUGUAUGAUUUCGAUUUAGGAGCGUAAAUGUUGAUCUCGCGUCAAUUCCGCCCUUCGUUCAUUUGACACACUCCACGUUUAUUUAUCGGACACGUUUAACACGCCCCCCCUCUCCCCACAACCUUCCCGCCGCAACCCCCGAGAGAGCCUUCCGACGAGAUAAUCGUACACAGAGUGGACAAUAAAUAAAUGUACUUAAAGCGAGCGCAACUAACCCCCCUCCCCACCACCUCCCCCCUCCAAGAAUAUCAAGAAUAUCAUACAUGUCAGGGAUGCACAUUGUUUACGAAUACGUUUCUCUCGACCGCCCCCUUUUUCCUACGCAUGUCUUAAGGUGAAAAAUUUUAUCGAGGGUCUCAGCGAAAUCGAAGCGCGAAAUUUGCCUCGAAUGUUCGUUCUCGUUUUCGAGAUAUAUUACUUGAUAUAUCCCUUCCGCGAUACACAAAGAGAGAUUCCUUUUGUAUACACGUAAUCGCCGUCUAUAUUCUCUUUUCCCCCUUCUUCCCAUUACCGCCGGAUUUCAUAGGAUUUUUGGAACGUUUGAUCAAUUUUUCUGAAUAACCCGAGCGAGGAGGAAGAGCGUCAUUAUUGUGUCGGCGAUUAAAUCGCUUUCGCGAUUGUCAAAGUCAAAGCGACGGCAAAAAAAGGGAGAGUACGAGAGGGAAAAAGAGAAAGAGAGAAAGAGAGAGAGAGAGAGAGAGAAAGAGAGAGAUAGUGAGAGGGAGAGAAAUAUACUAAUAUCUUUUCUAUUGUAACGAGAACGCGGCGAGAAAGAGAGACAGAUCGGGAAUAAAACAAUUAUUGAAUGGCGUGUC